GGCGCGCGAGCCGUCUGAUGGCGCGCUGAAGGGCGGGACCGGACUGCGCACGCGCAGACACCCGUUCCUCCGCGGCCAAGAUGGCGCUGAGUAAAACGUUCGGGCCGAAGCCGCUGAAAUUCCAGCUGGAGGAGGAUGGGGACUUUUACAUGAUCGGGUCGGAGGUGGGUAACUACCUGCGAAUGUUCAGAGGCUCCUUGUAUAAAAGGUACCCGUCGCUCUGGAGGAGGCCGGCUUCUGUUGAGGAGAGGAAAAAGAUAGUAGCAUCAUCGCACAAUCAUGGUUACACAACUUUAGCCACCAGUUUGACUCUGCUGAAGGCGUCUGAAGUGGAAGAGAUUCUCGAUGGGAAAGAUGAAAAGUACAAAGCAGUUUCCAUCAGCACAGAGCCACCAGCCUACCUGAGGGAGCAGAAGGCCAAGCGGAACAGCCAGUGGGUGCCCACCCUGCCCAACAGCUCCCACCACCUGGAUGCCGUGCCCUGCUCCACCACCAUCAACCGCAGUCGCCUGAGUCGUGACAAGAAGAGGACCUUCCCUCUCUGCUUUGAUGACCACGACCCUGCAGUCAUCCAUGAGAGCGCCAACCAGCCCGAAGUCUUGGUUCCGAUCCGCCUCGACAUGGAGAUUGACGGACAGAAGCUCAGAGAUGCCUUCACGUGGAAUAUGAAUGAGAAACUGAUUACCCCUGAGAUGUUUGCCGAAAUCUUCUGCGAUGACCUGGACCUGAACCCGCUGACCUUCGUUCCUGCCAUCGCCUCGGCCAUCCGGCAGCAGAUUGAGUCCUAUCCCAUGGAAAGCAUACUGGAUGAGCAGACGGACCAAAGGGUCAUCAUUAAGUUGAACAUCCACGUGGGCAACAUCUCGCUGGUGGACCAGUUUGAGUGGGACAUGUCGGAGAAGGAGAACUCCCCGGAGACAUUUGCCCUCAAACUGUGCUCAGAGCUGGGCUUGGGGGGUGAAUUCGUCACCACCAUCGCCUACAGCAUCCGGGGACAGCUCAGCUGGCACCAGAGGACCUACGCCUUCAGUGAGAACCCGUUACCCACAGUGGAGAUUGCCAUCCGCAACACCGGUGACGCCGACCAGUGGUGCCCCCUCCUGGAGACGCUGACGGAUGCCGAGAUGGAGAAGAAAAUCAGAGACCAGGAUAGGAACACGAGGCGCAUGAGACGUCUUGCAAAUACAGCUCCGGCCUGGUAAAAUACAAAUAACUACCAGGACAAGGACUUUUCUUGAUGGCAGCCCAGAUGAUCAUGUUCUAGGGUAACAAGAUGGCAGGAAUGUCAGUGCUUUCGAUGGGUCUUUCCAUUAGGCAGAUGACUUGGUUCUGGUCUUGUCCCACUCUCAAGGCCUGGCAGCACCGCUGUAUGUUUGGGGCAAGAUAGUGGCCAUAGACUAACCUGACUGUGGUCCCUCAUCCUGGCCCCUUUGCUCAAUGUCCCAUCACCUUCCACCAUGCCUUGCUUGUCACUUUCCCUUUCCUGUCCCCCAUGGGGUCUUGAAGUAACCCAUCCCCCCCACCCAUACUCCAACUGAACUGACCGGUGGGACAUGAGAGCACAAUUUUUCUGCUGUAGGUUAGUGUUUUUGUAUUGCUUCUCUGAACAUUUUGUUUACUAUGGCACUUUUUAAAAUUAAAGUACAACUGAAGUUCAACUGCCUUCUCUUAAGUGCAUUUUCCCUAUGUUGUAAAUCAGUGUAAAUCUGGAGCUAUAUGCAGUGGACCAUGCAUUGCCACUGAUACCUUCUGUCUGUAAGGAUGUGCACCACAUGAUUCAUGUAGAGCUUCCUCAACUCUUCCACUCAGUGCGCUUUACCCCGCUUAGCAUGGUGUUCUUCCGGAGGUGUUCCUAUCUCUGUAACGAGAGACUGCUGAUCGCACACGCAUGUUUCUCCUUGUGCUUCCAGUGUCUGGGUUCCUCUUAUUUGUGGCUGAUUCUGGGAGACAUCUGGCAGAGUCAUGUGGUCUUAUUUGGCCAGAAGUGCUGACUGGGGUAAAUUCCUGCAUUGUGGGUUGUUGGCCCUUCUCUAAGAUUUAUGACAAGCUGAAUCUGGCAGAAGCAGACCCCCCUCCUAACCACACAGAGUUUUCAUUACAUCAGUUCCUUACUGGAGAACAUGGAACAAUGGGCAAACAUGGAAAAGUAUUAAAAGCGGAACCUUGGUGGCAUUGUCUCCGCUGGUGUUGAUGUCAACAGCAGGAUAGCAGCCAGACUCUCUCCCUCUGUUUUCAUACAAGAUGAUUUUCUUCAUACUGACGGCAUUUGGAGGGACGCCAUAUGAUGGACAUCACUGCUUUUAACAACACAUGAGCUGCAGUCAGUGAUGGAAGGCAAAUAUGUGAAAAAGUGGCUUGGUGUUAUUCAAGACCUGUUUUAUUUCUAAUCAUGUAAAAAAGUAUAAAUGAAUGGCUAACAGCAUAAAACAUUGACCUGCAUUACAUUAUUUCUGGGUAAUUCUUUGUGUGUUUUUCUCGUAGUUGUUGUUCUGAACAGGAUAUUAUUUCCCCUGUUGUGACAUUUCAGCCACGCACCAGUAAACAU